AUGGCCGAUCAGAAAAUUCAUCUAGCCACCCUUACCAAUAACAUCAAGACUUGCAUUUCGAUUGUUCUUGAUUACAAUGGCACUCAAUACAACACUUGGUCUACUUUAUUCCAACUCCAUUGCCGCAUUGAUUUAGUAAUCGACCACAUCAUACCAAAGGUUGUAAACGAGAAGGAAAAGGCUCCUAAAACUUCUGAUAAAGAUCUUUGGCAGCGACUUGAUGACAUUGUUCGUCAAUGGAUUUAUAAUACUAUCUCCAAUGACCUACUCAAUUCCAUAAUCGAUCCCGAUGGCAAGGCUAUUGAUGCUUGGAACCGUUUGAAGAAUUUUUUUCUCAAUAACAAGUCUGCCAGAGCGCUCCACCUUGAUGCGCAAUUUACCAACACCAAACUCGAUCAAUUCGAGGGUGUUAAACCAUAUUGUUCUCACCUCAAAUCGUUGGCUGAUAGUUUGAGGAAUGUAGGCGACCCUAUCUCGGACAAUAGAAUGGCGCUUCAAUUAUUAAAAGUGCUUACGGAGGAUUAUAGACCCUUUUGGACUUCUUACGGCAUUUGA